AUGUCUGCGCGACUCCCAGAUCGUUCAGAUUCAAAGCGAGACCGGUCGCGAUCACCACCGUGGCGUGAGCAGAAACAGCCCCGUCGGGACGACAGAGAAUGGCGCGACCGAGCAGACUCGGAUCGCAGACGUGAUAAUAAUAGGUCUGGUCCGCCGCAGUCUCGCAAUAUGCGCGACCAAGUGCGACUCAACAUGCUCCAGGAAGACCAGCAAGAGCGUGAAUGGGUCGCGCAGGAGGAUAUCUUCGUGUUGAAGCAAGCUAAAAAGAAGGCCGAGAUUCGAGUCAAAGAAGGGCGCGCAAAGCCCAUCGAUUGGCUGACAGUCACUCUCCGUGUCAUAGAUCCUACUCGUGACCCUUUGGAUGAUGAAAUCGCAGAUGGCGAUUUGGACAUCGUGAACCCGGACGGUGUGUUUGAGGGACUGUCGCAGGCCCAGUUGCAGGAUUUGGAGAAGGAUAUAGAUACGUUUGUGAACCUCGAAACAAAUGCGCAGAACCGUGACUUCUGGCAGACCAUGAAAGUUAUUUGCCGAGAUCGUCAGAAGACUGCUACGCCCGAAGGUCGUUAUUUAAGCUCUGUGGCUGCCGAUAUCAACAAACUUUUAAGGCCAAAGUCUUACGAGCAACUCCAGAAUCUCGAAACACAAGUGAAGCGAAAGUUGAACUCGAACGAGCCGAUCGAUACGGACUACUGGGAAGAGUUAUUGCGCAGUCUGACUGUCUGGAAAGCCAGGGCAAGACUGAGAAAUGUGUACCAAUCCAUCAUUGAUGAGCGUGUUCGUGACUUGAGGAAACAGCAAAAAGAGGAGGCUGAAUCAAUCCGGGCGAAACUGGCGCCUCUUGCUGCAGCCAUCACCGCGGAGAAUACAGCAAAUACUGUGGAAUUCGAAGGCCUGGACCCAGAACCAUUACUAAAAGUUCGCCCGGAGGACAAGGUGUUGGAAAUCAUGGACGAGUCAGCACUCCUUGACCAAGUGGCUCGUGAACGCCAGAAAAUUAUCCGUAUGGGCUUUGUCCCACUGCGACAAAGACCAACGGAAAAAUCCUCCGUGGUUGUAUCAAAUCCUACAUCUACAAAUGCUCCAGCUGCCUCUACAUCCACUCGGUUUUCUUCAAUCCCGAACGAAGACUUUUCACAAGCGACCAAAGCGCUCUAUGAGAGAGAGCUCGCCAAGGGUGUCAGCGAGAACGAGGAAAUCUUUACUGGCGAAGAGGCCGUUAACACAGGCUCGCAACCUCAAUGGGCUGGCAAGCAUCGGCCUAGAAAACCACGGUACUUCAAUCGAGUUCAAAUGGGUUACGAAUGGAACAAAUACAACCAAACCCAUUACGACCAUGAUAAUCCGCCACCUAAGGUUGUACAAGGUUACAAAUUCAACAUCUUUUACCCCGACUUGAUCGACAAAACGAAAGCUCCGACGUACCGAAUCGAACGUGAGAAUGGUCGCAAGAGGGGUGAAUCCUCUGCCGAGGCGGGUGAAGAAGACACAUGUCUCAUUCGUUUUAUGGCUGGACCACCGUACGAAGACCUCGCCUUUCGAAUUGUCGACAAAGAAUGGGAUUAUAGUGCAAAACGAGAGAGGGGCUUCAAGAGUACAUUUGACAAGGGAAUUCUCCAACUUCAUUUCCAAUUCAAAAGGAUCUAUUAUCGGAAGUAA